AUGACCAAUGGUAGCUGGAAUUUUAAUCUUUUUCAAGAUCAAGAGUUACAGCAAUUCAAAAAGUUCCUGGUGUUGGUUCCUGUCCAUAACUCUGCAGAUAAAAUUUUGUGGGACGCUGUUAAGUUCUCCUUUAAAGAAGCUCGGAAUACUUAUAGAUUUUAUGUAAAAGAAGUUAACUGGUUUAAGUUCUGCUGGGGUAAAGCAAGGCCUCGUUGGUUUGUGACUGCUAUGUUUGUUAUGCUAAAUAAAAUUCCCUUUAAGGUGAAUCUCCAUAGAAGGAAGUUAUGUUUGGUUUCUAGGUGCUCCAUGUGUCAAAGAGCUAUUGAUUUUACUGUCCAUAUUUUCAUUGAAUGUAAUUUUUCUAAAAAAUUGUGGAGAUGGAUAGGUGUGGUGCUGCAUUGGAACAUGACUCAGUUUAAUGCUGUGCAGUCUAUGGUUGAAUUGUUUAACUGGUUUCAAAGUUUGUCUAUUGCGGGAAAUCAUAAAACUUUGUUUGCUGCUGGGUUAUGGGGGAUUUGGCAUGAAAGAAAUGCUAGAAUCUAUGGUUCUACCACUGACUCUAAAGAUGUAGCUAGGAGUUUACUACUUGAAGUGUUGGAUAUUCAUAAUAUCCCUUUUCAGAUCUUGCUGCCUAAGUGUUUGGGGUGA